AUGGAAAUCGUUGAGCCCGAAGACGUGAUGCAGCUGAUGGAGCACGAGGCGGCGCAGUGCUACGUGUUCGCUCACCUGCUGCUUCUCCUCCGCAUAGGUUCCACGGAACCGCACGCCCCGCAUGUGAUCACGGCGGCAACCGCGCCUUCCGCGCAUGUACUCCAAUAUAGCAUCAACGAAGCCCGUCAGCGCCUAACCCAUACUUACCCCUCCUCGUGUUCACAACCGUGGGCGGGGGCGCGGAGGUGGCAAUAG